CCAGUCACAAAAGUUGGGUGGGUGUUUCACACGAAGAAUAAAAUCGUCUUCAUUCCUCACAAUAUUACAAUGAGUUGUGAAGAGGAUCAAGAGGAGGAGAGGGAAGUUUUACGUUCUAUUUAUGAAUCGGACAAAAAUUUCAUCGAAAUUAACCCUACGACGUUUCAAUACAAGUUUGGUGAAGAAGGACACUACAAGUCGUUCCUAUUGGAAAUUUCUUGGCCUGCAGAUUAUCCCACGUGUCUUCCGAACAUCGGAUUAGAUGCGUUUUAUAAUCGGCACAUCAGCAGUACAGUGAAGGAGAGUGUAACCGGACGGAUCAAAGAACAAUGCGAAAUGUGUCUAGGUUCUGCUAUGACUUUUUCGAUAUUUGAUUGGACAAAAGAGCACGAGGAGGAUCUGAUGACAGAGCAACAUGAGCCGGUAUGUGGGGUUCUGCAGGGGAGAGGCUCAACCAUAAAAAGUCAUAAAAACGGUUUUGCACGUUGUAUGCAUGUUAUAUGGGGGUGGGGGAGGGUGAAACACUGAGUAGGUAUGUUGGGUGGAAAUUGGACUUAAUGAACUUUGGAGCAACAAACAGUCAUGUGUUAUGGGUAAUAGGUCGUGGGUCAUAAGUACAAAGUCAUGGGUCAAGGGUACUAGGUCAUGGGUAGUGUAGAUCCACAAAAACGUGAAGGGUAAAAGGGAAAAGAAGUCCCUCAGGGUAUAGCCUGAGAAAACAGCUGAGAUUUUGCGUUGCCACUACUGGAAUGAUGUCUGAGAAAUGUGCGGAGAAUUUCCAUACUGAUGAUGCAUCACUACCCAGGUCUGGGUAGUGCAUCUGAUUGGUCAUGCAGCGUGGCAAAUCUGAUUCAACCAAUCAGAAGAACUACCCAGAUCUGGGUAGUGGCGUGUUAUCCGUAUGGAAUUUCUGCGCUCGUUUCUCAGAUGUCAUUUGGCAGGGGAAACCAGUGGUCACAUCGCCAAAUGUUGGCUGUUUUCUCAGGCUACUAAGGUUAGGGUUAGGGUUAGGGUUACUGUAAGACAUUGGUAUUUCGUCGCCAGGUUAAUGAAAGUUCCAGAUGACCUCAUCCCCCACCUGCUCUAUGUAAACACAUUAUAAAGCAAAUCACAGGUGUUUGCUGUUCCUUGAAAAUAAAACAUCUUUUUUCAUUUGUUGUUUACUUCUUCUGUGGCACCUUUUAGUUUCUCUGAUCAGGGGAGUUUAUGCUUAGUAAAGGUCAGUGUUGUUAAUAUUGUUGUUGGUCUUUUCAGAAUUAGAUAUUUGGUGUUGAACUGGGGUGCCAUAUUUUUCUCGAUUAUCUCAACUUUUUAUUUAUGUAAUAUUAUUGCUACAAAGACUGGUGGCUGUACAGCAGACUAAUUCAGGCGGCGUGCCUGACCAGCCUGGGUUGCCUGUGCCCAACGCUAGCCUCAUUUGAGAUUUUUAGAUGUAAAUAUGUAUUUAAGUUUGUACGUAUAUCACUGAAUUUUCCGCGAUUUCGUGGCACUCAAAUCCAGGCCCUUUUGGUCACGGCCAAUCGAUUCAGAAUUACACUCCAAAGGAAAAAGUAAAUACUGUACCCUCUAGAACACUCGACUGUCGAUAAAGUGGGUUGUGGAAAACUAAAAGCAGAGAAAUCUUGUUUCACACAGAAAGCCAUGUUUUCGCAAGCAAAGAGUAUGAAUGUAAGUGAAGGUAAAAAAUUCUUGUGAAUUGAAGCGAUACAUUUUUGAGAAUAUUUGAAGCAAUUCCUGGAACUCUACAGUAAAUAAAUUUGGUGUUUUGGCUAAAUUUCUGUUCAGCAGGCUUUGUUGUAUUUAUUUAGGCUUAAUAUUGUCAAAUUGCUUUAGUUAAAGGGCUUUUCUGAAACAUGUGACAAGGUUUGUUCUCCCCUUGGUAGUAAAAGGUUUUAUACACGAUAGAAGCAUAGAUUGAAAAAUGAUAAUUUUUUUUGAUACACUCAUGAAGUGUAAUGAACCAGUUAAAACUCACUUGCAUUCUUAACCCUGUAAUUAUAGUAGCCAGCACUUGUCCUUACAAUAUCACUACUUAACUAAUCACAAAAGUAAUGAAAAGCACAAAAAUAAGGUGUCUUGAGAGGGACAUUGGAAAGGUUGGCUUGCAGCAAUGAUACACUGACAAAGUGUAUAAGAGCAGGCUUAUUGCUGCGGGUAGCAUGCGGGGUCAAAGCCAUCUCAGUCCGCUCAGAAAAUUCAGGCUGAGAUUUCAAUGUAAUGGUCGAGAUCCUACACUCAUUUGUAAUAUAGAGAUGAGCAGGGUGCAACAAAAGUGCAGUCCAGUAGCUUGGGGCUAGUGGAGCAACCAUUCAAGCUACAUUGUAGCAUGUUUUAAUAUUACGAGUUUUCCAAUGGGCAAGCAACAUAUUUUGCCAAGAUGAUUUACAUGGUAAUGAAAAAGGGAGUUGGUAAGCCUGCACAACUGCUCUGGGCUAGUAAACAUUGGCAAGAGUUUGCCCUUGGGCAAGUGAGUUUUUAAACUUCAUCUCACCUUGACGAGCUUAAUCAACAUCCUCUUCUUACAUAAGUCACAGUGAAAAUAUUAAUGCUUUUGAAUACUCUCUUUUACACAGGAUCAGGAAGUCAAAGAAGAGCAAACCCCUGAGCAGGAAAGAGAGAUGCAGCCAGCCAAGAAGAAAGAGAAAAAAGAAAUUUUAACAAAAAGCCAAAAGCGACGAAUUGCUGACAGAACAAACUACAAAGGGGAAAGAGAAAGGGGGUGGAACUGGGUAGAUGUUGUAAAACAUUUAAGUAAAACAGGUAAAACAGAUUAGAAAAUAAUUUAUCUACCCUAUAUGACUAUCCUCUUUAGCAGACUAUCUUAUUAUGGAAACCACACAUGAGAACAAAACUUCUUAAAAUGGACACCUAGAAUAUUUAUCCCUGCCAUCUUCAGUCAUUUUCUGUGCCUCUAAGAUCAGUUAUAAGUCGAGUGGCUCUCUGUCACUAGUGACAGUAAAAUAGCAACAGAAUCGCAGAGUGUCAUGAUCUGGUGAAAACCAAAAUCCAGUUCUUAAUUAAAAGUAGAAAGGACUAGUGAAGUGAGUGCAGGGACAAGAAUUGUGGUUGGCUUAUUAUACCACUUCUGCUUCCGACUCUGGCAAUCUGUUUUCACUAGACUGAUUCAGAAAAACUAUUUUUUUAUGUACAAUUUUUAUGGCGCUACUACCGUGUUUAGCAUUCAUUGCUCACAAUAGUAAUGGCAUUCAUUGACUGUUCUCAGGAUCUUAGCACUGUCCCUGGAAACCUUUUUAUGACUGCGAUUUGCAGAAGAUGUUUUGUGCGACACCCUUAAACAUGCCUUGCAACAUUUUUAAUGCAAUAAUCACUGCAGAAAGUAAAACCUAGGUCUACCUUUUGUAGCAAUUACUGCAACCAGGGGCGUAGCCAGCUUUUCGACUAGUUAUAGGCCUGGCUGACCUUCAAUUCCACAUAUCCUGGAAAUUGCACGCAUGACUGGUACACACGAGCUCUCUAGACUUGCCCACAAGUCAAGCUCAAAAUUUUUUUCGAGCGCAAACUGGAGACGAGAAACGGAGGACUUUAAGAAAGUCUAUGACUUCACCAACACUUUGAGCUCUUAAGCUUUUUAGCUCACCCCAACAACACAUAAUUUAUUACAAGCGGUAGAGUGAUCAAACCAAAAAUUUGUAGGCCCGGGCCUACAGGUCUAUGGGCUGGCAACGCCCCUGACUUCAACGUAUAAAACUAGUAAACUGGCAUUGCAAGUGGAGUUUAUUCCUUUGGAUGUCAGCCAGGCUACGUCUCGUAACGUUGCAAUAAAAUUGCAACAGAAGUUACACAGUUUUCUUUAGUUUCCAUAAAUUGUACCUGAAAGUAUACAUGCAAUGAAUCAACCAAUAAGUAUAUUUAAAAUAGUAAAUUAACUUGACGUGUGUGAAGAGUUUGUAUCUCAUUAUACCGUUUAUAUUGGCGGGCUAAGGGAUUUUUCUAAUCAAGCAAUCAGGGACAGUACAUUUAGACAUUUUUUUUUAUUUGCUCCCCUUUUCCAUCUAAUGAGUUAAAAC